AUGAGAAAAUCAUGUUCGGCCCAAGUGGGUCGCCCGAAGAAAGAACGGGGAGACAAUUCUGGAGCGCAAAAUCGAAGACGACCCCCUAGACGACGCAGCAAAGGAUUGCAGAAUGGCGUGGCGAGACGUACGAGCAUCAGCACCUGGCGCGACGAUGUGUGCGAUCUGGUCUACUGUGCGAGGAGCCCCAGACUGAGUCUUUGUCGGGCGUCAAAUACCUACCCAGCCCAGCUGCCUCGACUGGAGUUGCGAUUUGCGUAUUGCAAGUCGCAUUCAGCUCGCAUGCGUGCAACACAUCAACGUACGUUUGAUGCGGUUGCACAGGCAGUGUGCCUGCGCAAGUGCUACGCACGUAGAAGACGGCAUGGAGUAGCAGGCCAAUUUUCGAUUCGACGAUCUUUCGGGUCGUCGUCAGCACUGUUGGACAUUUUCUGUGCUUUGUCGGCGAAGCUUCCCAUCAAGGCAGGUAACCGUUGCGUUGUCAGGCCUGAGACAAGAACAGAGCACCCCCCCCCUCCCACCUGGAACCAAGCUUUGCUCGGCGAUGAACAAAGCGCAAAGGUGAACCCGACCUCCAAGAUAUGGAAAAUCGACUCAAAGAAAUGGGAUGGGACCUGUGGUCAAGAACAAUUGAUCAGGGAGACAGAGAGAGAGAGGCUUGGGCAGCCUCCCAAGGACUGCCAGGCCUUCCUUGCCUUCUCGUUCGCAGCUGAGAGGCGCCGGGGUGUGCCGCUAGUCCACAACGGGCGACUCUUCCAAGUGCUCUCGGCCGGGCCGCCACCAACUUUGGAUGGAGCCUUACUACUCUUCUCUACCUUCCCUGACUCUUGCGCUGUUGUUGCCGUACAUUUUCAUUUUGGAGUCGUUGCGCUCUUGUCACUCACUCCCGGUCUGUGUAGACUACCACUUUCAUUACCGAUCUAUCGCAACAACAGUUACGAGCGCUCAGGAAGCCGCAAUCCGUCUACUACUGAAACUGCAUACUCUUCCAGCCGUCGACGCAUCGACCAAUCCGGUCUCUACAAUCACAUCAUGUCUUACACCAUAAAGUUGAGCCUUUUGGCUCUUGUCUCCACCGCCGCUGCCGUUCCUCACUUUGGUGCCAACCCCCACGCCAAAUUCCACGGCGCAAAGGCUGCUCGCGGCCAUGUCAAGCCAUAUCCUGCCAAUGGCUGGUCAGGAGCGUCCAACAACACGGCUGUCAUGCCCAACCCAACUGCAUCCUACCCCGACGACAAGACAACCACCAUUGACGAGACCACGACCUCUACCCAGACUCUGUACACCACCGUUUACGUCAAGCCGUCUACGCCUGCUGUCGCCGUUGCCAGCGUCUCUAGUGAUCAGUGCGGCCCUGCUACCGUCACCGUCACCGCGAAGGAGAAGGUCACUAUCACGGUUAUUGGCGGUGGUGCGGGCUACACUCCUGCUCCCCAGUCAUCUGCUGCGCCUGUCCCGUCCCAGUCGCCUGUCCCGUCUAAGCCAGACAAUGAACAUGUCGCCUCUUCCAAGCCCCCCGCGGACUACCCUGCUGCAACACCCGAGGCUACUACCUCCUCUCCUGCUCCAGAUUACCCCGCGAAGACUCCUGAGGCUGCCCAGACAACUUCAUCCAUGUCCGAGUACGCUGUUCCCUCCCACCCUCCGAACAAGCCCGUCGUGAGCUCCAGCAGUGCCACCCCGUCUCCGUCUCCAUCUCCAUCUCCACCUUCUGGCAACGGCUACACCGGUCACAAGCGUGGUCUUGCUUACAAUGCUGCCCAUCUAUGCAAGACUCUUGCCGGCAAGUUUGGUUUCGGUUACAACUGGGGCCAGGUCGAGAAAGACGACAUUGGUACUCAGUUCAUCCCUAUGAUGCACAAGCCUUCCGAUUCCAGCGUAGAAGAGUGGCUCGGCAACGUCGACAAGGCCGUCAAGAAGGGCACCACUGCCGUUAUGGGUUUCAACGAGUGUGACCACGCUGAACAGUGCAACAUGAGCCCCGAGGUUGCUUGCGCCUCGUGGAAGCAGUACAUGAACCCCGUCAAAUCUGCUCACGCUGAUAUCACCAUCAUCGGUCCCUCCGUAACAAACUCAGGCCAGCCCAACAUGGGUCUCACCUGGCUCAGCCGCUUCCACGACUGCUGCCCUGAGGCCAUUGUUGACGCCACUAACAUUCACUUCUACGACAUCUACGAGGAGGGCCUGACCCUUGAGCGCUUCAAGGCCCAGGUCAAGAAGGCUAACGAGAUCUACGGAAAGCCUGUCUGGGUUACCGAGUUUGGUCUCAACCCCGGCUCCGCCUCGUCCGAGCAAGCCACGAUCUUCCUCAAGGGUGCCAUGGAGUACCUCGACGGCGCCAUCUAUGUACAAGGUUACUCCUGGUUCAAGGUCGGCGAGGGCGAGAACCAGCUGAACACCAAUGGUGGCCUCUCUCCCCUUGGUGAGGCAUACGCUUCCUAA